AUGAGCAGUAUCCAAAGUACCCCACUCAAAAAGAAAAAAUCAAUUUUCUAAAAGAUCAAAAUGUUCUUUAAUGAUAUUCCUGAUGAGCAAAUUGCAGUAAUAAAUGAAGCAUCCUAAAGAAAACCUCCUUAGAUCAAAAAAGUAAAGCUUUUUCUAGAUAAUAGAGUUAAUCAUUAGCAGAGCCAAGUUCUAAUUGCAAAAAUAAGGAUGCAAAACAUUUAUACUUUGAGGAAGACUUUAAUGAAAUAUAACAAGUUAAUAUUGAAGAAUUUGGAGAAUGA